ACACGCAGAGCUGUGUAACCUUCAAACAAGUCCGUUUCAUCGUCAGUUGAGUCUUAUCAGUAUUUUGUUUAGCAAACCGCUCAGAUGAACAUCAUCAUUUGACUAGUGAGGAUCAUAGUUAGCACAUUUGCAUCAUGGCAUACAGUUUUAGCGCGUCAUUGCUCCUGUUCGGCGUGCUGUUGAAUCCGAUUGUUUCUGCUGUUCAAGUGUUCCAGUGCUCACCGGGCACUGAACCGAACCUGUGCAUCGUUAACAGUCUGGUGUACACUCCGGGCCAGGUUCCGUUACCCCAAGUGAAUCGAUCGGAUACUGUGGAUCAUAUCCACCUGCGCUGCAGCCGUUAUUACUACUACACUCCUUGGUAUUACCUUUCCGGAAAAGACUUGCUGAAAGUGUACGAUGCGGUGCUACACAGCAACGUGCUCCGUAGUCCGCGCUCCACCACUGUGAUCAACUGCCAUAUGCGCACUCUAGUGAUGCCACCUGACCUCGAAGUCGGAAACUUCUUUAAUAAUAUUGUCAGUGUGGUGGAAACGGAUCCGGCGCAAUCAUACAACAUACGCUAUCUGGACCUCUCGCACAACCAUUUAGAAGAUUUGAAGAACCUGUCUGUUCUAGUGAACCUUCAAACACUGAAGCUGGAGGGCAAUGAAAUAUUCGAGAUUAAGCCCGAAACGUUUGCUAAGAUGAACAACCUCUCGGUACUGAUCCUUGGAUACAACCACAUUGUAAAGAUCGAUCUGAAGGUGCUACCAAAAAGCUUAACCACGCUCUCACUGAUAAGAAACGAGCUAACGGAGAUCGAUUUCGCGUCUGUUUCCUUCCCCGCGUUGCGUGAGGUGAAUCUUGAGAGCAAUCGAUUGAAAGCCCUUGAUGUGGCCAGUGUGAUGCGAGCAUGUCCCGCGCUGCAACUACUUCCGAUCGAGUACAAUCCCAUGCCGAGGGGUGAAGCACAACGAACGAUAAAGGAACUGAUUCGACAUAAUGUGACCUAUUACGACGAUGGCGACAAGGUCAGUGGUUCGAAUAGCUCCUGCGACUCGUACGAGUUUCAGAUCGUUCAAGCGUGUUUCUUGGACUCUGAGACCGAGAGCUCAGGCUCCUUCUUGAAAGCGUUCGUGCUCAUUCUCUUGAGUCUAUUCUUGUUCGGUGUGUUUGGGUUGAGCGCCCGCUGGAUAUGGCACGAGAUGCGGUAUUGAGUGGGUGUAAAUCCUUUCAGUAAACGUUGUAUAGCAUGAUUCUACGAAUAAAUAUUAUCUUUAUGCUAUGAAACCGU